AUGCCGGCCUCAUCCUUGCCCCCUGAACUUCUCGAGAUUAUCUUCGAGGAAUGCAUUCUACGGGCGCACAAUCACGAUGGACUCUCUUGGCAGUUCCACGUAUGCGUUUCGCGCUGCAUUUUGGACUGGGUACAGGUCACCCACGUAUGUCGUCAUUGGCGCACCGUCGCGCUGGGAUGCCCACGGCUUUGGUCGCAUCCGGUGGUAGCCUGUGGGAGAUGGGCCGAAGAAAUGCUUGCUCGAUCUCGAAGAGCUCGUCUCACCCUUUCAGUGCGUCUUGACGGCGACGGCGAUAAACAGUGGAAGCAAAGUCUUAAGAACGCCAAACAACUUGUCAUUCAAGCGCCUUUCCGUCUCCUUGUGCCAUUGAUCGGCGAAAUCAGCGAGCAAAUUACCUCAUCAGGGUCAGCUUCGGAGCUGGAAUCACUGAGUCUGGCUCAAAGAUUCUUCACGAAAGGGUCGACGGAGUUGCCCAUCGGUAUUCAUCUCGUCAGCGUAGCUGGAUUGCGGCGUCUACAUCUCGGACCGUUCAACUUCGACUUCAGUAAAUCUCUGUUUGAAGACAUGUCGAAUCUCCGCGACCUGUCUUUGAGGUCCUGUCUCCGACGGCUGACCGGUGACAAGGAGAAGCAGAUCCAUUUACUCAACCUUGCCCGUCUUCAUCUCAUCGAUGACAUAGAUGACUGCAAGGAUUUCAUAGCGUCCCUCCACUACUCCCAUCCCCUCGAAUACCUCGGACUUCGAGAUGUGCAAGAGCCGCUGGAGACUACCAAACUCCUGUUCGCUGCCCACGAGAUCAUCAAUCGUCACCAUGUUCUCGGUGAAACCAUGCAGCUAGAAUCUGUAGCGCCCAUAGACCUCACCGAGCACCGUUGCGCCGUUGGCGUCGCGCUUUCUACGCAGCACACCCAAGCGGGUCGCUCUAUGUUCAAGUUUGACUACAACCUUGCUGCCUGGCCGACGACCGCAAUUCAUCCUACAGAAAUUGCGACGUUAUGCAAAGCCGGCUUGUUCCGCAUAAUCCCAUCCUCCGACAUUUCUCCGUAUACGACGUCUGCGCUGCUCGACUCAAACCCAUCGCUCUUCAUUGGUGGCCUAUGGCAGACAUUCAGAAUGUUCAACAGACCGCUCGAUAUUCUCGCAGGACUCUAUCGCUCCUUUUCGCUCCGGACGGUUGUGUGCGCCGUCAUCGCAGAUUCUGUCAGUCCUGCCAGUUUCACUUGCGACGCUUUGUCCGCGUUGUUCUCAGAGUUACCAUCUCUCCAGUAUCUGGAGAUGGCAAACGUUGAUCUAGCUUGCCUUGUCGACGCGUUCAGCCCGUCUUCGGACACACAUGCAGGCGACUCUGGUGUCCCUCUCUCCAAGCUCGUCGAAUUGGUGCUCUCAGCUAGUGAGCGCAUAGCAACUCCAGAGACAGGGCUCGCAUUGUGUCUUAGAUCUCGUGCUGGUCGUGGUAGUCCUCUGCAAAAGCUUUGUAUUCGGGGACAGGUGGGGCUUUCAAGUAAAGAGUGGGCGAUGCUCCGGGAAUUGCCGAUGACCAUCGUACAGGACGAUGGGCCGUGA